GGCAACUGAAAGAUGGCGGCUAAGUUAAACAGCUGACAAAACUUAUAAGUCAUUUUUUUACGAAUGAACCUAUCAAAGGUUGUUUUUAGUAAACUAUCCCAAGCGCGGUUAGUGAUAUGAUCAUUAUGACUAGUGACUUUUUUACUUCUAUUAGUUAUAAAUAUUUGUUUUAAUCAGAAUUUUGUAUCAAAAGCAGAAAAUUACUCCAUAUAAUGUUAUGAUUAAACCCGAAAAAUAGUAUGAUUGUUGCUUGUUAAAUUACCAGAUUGUCAAUCAAAUGGAAUGUCAGAUAAUUCAAGGUUAGAUAAUUGUCAGGAUUCAAAACAGUUUCCAAAAAUAUUGUUUAAUUAAGUAAUAAUGUCCUUACACGUUGACAACUCAUAUUUACAAGCAUUUUCGAAUUUUUUAAGUAUAAUUACAAUUUCAAUAUGCUUUAUAUUAAAAAUCCCUCAAAUUUUAACAGUAUUGAAAGUAAAGAGUGCCAAAGGCAUCAGUAUCAUGGGUUUGUUAAUGGAGCUUACAAGUUAUACUAUUAUGAUGUCCUAUAAUUUUAGGAGUGGAUAUGCAUUAUUGAACUAUUUGGAAUAUCCUAUAAUCCUAUUCCAAGAAAUAAUACUUAUCAUAUGUGUAUUACAUUAUAAACAAAUAAUUAAUUUAACCAGUAUUAUAGGCUCUAUAAUUUAUUUGUUGAUAGCAGCUGCAUUGUUACUAGGAAUUGUACCUUUAGGACUUUUAUCCUUUCUAGUUCCUCUCUGUACUCCAAUUGGAGCUUCUUCAAAAGUUGUACAACUCUAUGAGAUCUUAAAAAUGAAAAAUUCCGAAUCAGUGAGUGUUGUUACAUGGUUCAUUUCAGCUUUUACCAAUUUUACUAGGGUGUUUACAAUUUGCAUUGAAUCCAUGGAUCUUACAUUACUUUUAAAUUUUACCAUUAAUACAUUUUUGAGUAGCUCUGUGAUGUUAGCUGCCUAUUGGUACAAACAUCAUAAACAGGAAUAAAAAAAAAUAAAUAUAGGUAAUGUGCCAUAUACUAGUUACCCAUAUUUUUUACAAAAUUUUAUUUUCAAGUAAAUUUUCAGUACAAAUCUUUUAAAUUUCUUCAAUUUCUUAGACCUUUCAUGUAUGUUUAUGUUUCUAAAUCAAGACAAUUUAGAACCAAGACAUAUUGUAUAUAAUUUUAUUACUCUUUAUACUAUUUACUAAUCAUAAAAACCAGCAAAAAGACAAGAAGUGUACUUAUAAAAAUACUAGACUCUCUGAUUUUCAGUGAUUUGUUUUUGUAGAAGAUAUAAAUAUUGUCAGUUCUAAGACACAGCUAUUAUUGUGAUUUUACUGUUUAUAUGAUUUUAAUUUUAAAAUAAACAUUUAUUAUGUUUCCCUAUCUGCUCAUUUGGCUUUGAGUUGUUAAAAUUCUCAAAGAACUCUGCAUAUCCAACGAGGUUCCAAUUAAUAUAGUAAAUUUUGAAAAACUAACCUAACCUUUGGCAUAAUUUUAAUAUUUAUAAGAUUGUCACUUCGGAACUAAUAUUUAUUAUACAGGGCUUAACUGUAUGAUAUUGAAAAUUUCUCUCAAUAUUAGCUCGCUGGGUUUUAAGUUCCUGAAACAUUUUCACUUUAAAACAAAUUUUCAUUAUACAGGGUUCAACUGUAUGGUAUUGGAAACAACUCAAUAUUAGCUCAGUGGGCUUUAAGUUUCUUAAACUCUUAAAAAAUUGCAUAUUUAAUCAGGGCCAGAUUUAGCAUUUUGGCGCUCCUACGCCCAAUAAUUUUUUCCACCCCUUAGUCUGGUUAAAGUUACUUUUCUAAAAACCUUAUAUCAGUUUUAUAUUAUAGUUGUUCGUACACCACUCCAGGGUGCAGUUAUAUCAUUUUUUGAGGAAUUUUCUUUGUUCUCGGCUUAAAAAAAUGAUGUUUAAAACACUCUUAGCAACUUAAUGUAUUAAAUAGUGAACUUAAGUACGUGGGACUGAAAGAAAGUAUCCACCCAGCAAAUUAUUCUUUCAACAAAGCAUAGCUAAAGAAAAGGAAAGGUUCGUUGGUUCUUUUUGGCUGUAUCUUUAUUAUUAUCUGUCGUCGGCCAUUUAGCUUGUGAACCGGUUCAACCAAGUUACAGGCAAACUGCACAAAACCUAGCUUUAAAUUUAAGGCCCAUAGACAUGAACUCUAUUUUUUUAAAAUAAUAUUCUACUCUUAGCUGUGCGUCUCCUGGGAGUUUGCGCCUUUAUGCCUGGGCCUAUUGGAAAAAUCAAUAUUAGCUCACUGUACUUUGAGUCAUAUUCAAGGACAUUCCAAUUGCUCUAGUACCUAUUGCAUCCAUAUAAAUAUCGGCAAGUUAUAAUUCCACUGUUUUUACUUUAAACAUAAUUUUUAUUAUAUCAAACAUAGGUUGUUUAUAUAUACUUUCUCAUAUGAGCUAAGAAAUGAGUGAGGUUGAUUAUUUAAAGAUGAAAGAACCGUAAAUGUCAUGCACUAGCAACUUGUCUCUGAACUGGUUGGGGGUAAACGAUGCAAAUAACUUCUGGCAACUGUAGUCUAUUGAUUUGAAUUAAUAAUUUCUGUAUUUAUGCCUUUAAUUCAACGAUAUUUUUUGUUAUAGUUUUGAUGUUUGUAAAGAAAUGUUGUAUUUGUACUUUUUACCAUUUUUUAAAUGUUGAUUAAAUACUUAUAGUUUUAAAUAUGAAAAAAGUGAAAAUUUCCAGUAGAUAUUUUUCGAGAAGGGAAAAUAAAACGUCCAUUUUAGAUCUCUUUAUUUAUUGAUAUGUACAUAAAUGAUUAAAUUCUGAUGAAACCAAUAUAGUAAUUAACUGUGAAUGCCGACAUCUGCUCUUUAAACUAACAUGUAGUUAAGAAGAUAUAAAAUUUAAUGAAUGUAUGGGAAGGUUUAAUAAAUAUGUUUAUAAAUAAAACCAUAAAAAAUGUUUUUUUCUCUUUUUACCUACUUCUAGAUUCUUAUAUUUUGUAUCUAUCCAAUAUCAAGUCUCCAGCUUACAUCAAAAAGACAACAGAAGUUUCAGAACAUAUUUUAAAUGUUUUCUAUUGAAAUUUGUAAAAUCACUUGCCCGAAAAUGAUUCUCACUUAAGCGAUAAUUUGAUGUUUGGCAUCGAAUUUUAUAAAAUUCUUCCCAAUCAAGAACACACACCACGAAAACGUUUGGGAAAAU